AUGGUGACAAUCAGUCACCUAUUUUCCAAUGAAAAAUCAGACAUCCUGGAUGCAACUCACAAUGAUAAGAAGAAGGAAAUUCAAGAAACUCUUCAAUUAACGCUUUCGAACAGACGCAAGUGGAUAAAUGAUGACAAUCCAACAAUUCAAGACAUUGGAGACAAAUAUCCAAGAUUAUUCGACAUCAACGGAUGUAUGGAUGGGACAGACAUAAUAGCAACUGUUUCUAGGGCACGCACUGAAUCUGUAGGCACAUUGCAACCCUACUUACUUGCUGUUUUCGGCUCGAGAGUGAAGAAAUAUUUUAUUAUUGGCGACGGCAGAAUGAUCGAGAUCCAUAAAAAUGAAAGUUCGCUGGCAAAAUUUGAUAUUCUGUUCAAAUUACAGUUUGCAGCUAACGUUGAAUUCGCGAAAUCAUUGAGGUUUUUCUAUAAUUUUAUAGAGACCUAUUUUUACAAAACGAAUACGGAUGUCUUGAGUUCUGUGCAAUCAUUACACACAUCCUUGAAAAAUGUUAACAUAAAUAUUAACUCUUCAAGGGCUCAGAACAUCGCAAAUGGUGAAAGUGGUACAGAAAAUCUCGAUAGCGACAAUUAAUCAAGAUGUGAUUUAAUUAAGAUUAUUAGAUUAAUUAAAAGGGUGGCGAGUUUUUUUAUGAUUUUAAAUUUCCGGUUUUUCCCGGUCAAUUCAAAAUUCAAUGACUUUCAAUUCUAAUCUAUUUAAAAUUAAAUGAUUUUCAAUUUUAAUCAAUUCAAAAUUCAAUUGUCUUUAAUUUUUUUUUAUUUCUAUUCCAAUCAAUUCAAAAUUCCCAGUUUUUCCCGGUCAUUUUUUUAGAAUUUCCCGGUCAAAAUUAUAUAUAAAUUUUUUUUUUUGGAGUGCCAAAAAAAUUGCCGGAUUUAUGGUAAUUU